AUAAUAAUAUGAAAGAAAAUGCUUAUAUAAAUAAUCCAGAGUUUCCAUUCAAGAAGCUCAAUAUUGAAAAAUUAGAAAAGAUAAGGAAAAGUGUCAGCUUAUGUAAUAAAUCAGGAAUAAAUAAUUCCAAGAGUAGGGAACACUCCUUUGAUAAGAAAGUUGCUGAUAAUGUAAAAAAUAAAGAUUUGGAAAGAAUGAAUUCAUGUACAUUAAGUAAAAAUGUAAAUAAUAAAAAUAAAAAAAAAAAUUUUAUUGAGAGAAAUAUUGAAAAAAUAUCUAUGUUAAGUAAAAAAAAUAACAUGUUUAUAAAAUCUAUAAAAAAUUGUAAUAGAAAACAUAUUAUUGGUUAUGACUUACAAAAAGAUGAUAACAAAAUAGAUAUGAAACAAAAUAGAGUUAAGAAAAAUUCUGAAUUGUUCAGCAGAAAUGUAUCAACUAAUUCCAAACGCGAUACAUUUACAAGUGAUGAAAGGAAUAAUGACAUAAGUAAGAAAAAAUAUGAAUUAAAAAAGAAUAAUAUAACAAAUAUUGUUGAUUAUAAUGGUAAUAAUAAUAAUAAGAAGAAGAGUUCUAAGAAUAUUUAUAAUCAUAAGAAUUCUUCAUAUAAUAUAAAUCAAAAGGGGAAUUCAAAAUUUAAGGAUAUAUCUUUUGAAAGUUCCAGAAAUUUGGAUACUACAUCAAGUAUUAAUUAUAAUCAUAAGACGAAAAAAAAUAUUUAUGACCGCAGGGCAUUGGUGAGACGACAAAACACUCUUUUAAAUGAAGAUGUGGAUAAUAAAUGUGUCAAAGGUAAUUUGAAUACUCAUACAAAAAGUAAGGAAGAUAUAAACGAAUUUAACAUUAAAGAGAAUUAUGAUGGUGAUAAUAAUGAUGAUGAUAAUGAUGAUGAUAAUGAUGGUGAUAAUAAUGAUGAUGAUAAUGAUGGUGAUAAUAAUGAUGAUGAUAAUAAUGGUGAUAAUAAUGACGAUGAUAAUGAUGAUGAUAAUGAUGGUGAUAAUAAUGAUGAUGAUAAUGAUGGUGAUAAUAAUAAUGGUGAUAAUAAUGAUUAUGAUGAUGAUGAUAAUGAUAAUGAUGGUGAUAAUAAUGAUUAUGAUGAUGAUAAUAAUAAUAUUGAGAAACGUGCAAGACAAAUAAAUAGUAGGCAAAAUAAAGAGAGAUGUAAUACUGUGCGAAAAAAUAUACAAGAAGUAAAUGAAGACACUGGCCCUUUAAAUGAACAAAGUGAUGAUGAUAAUAAUAAUAAUAUGAAUGUUAUUAUAAAUAGAAACAUUCUUGAUGACAAGAAUAAUGAAAUGGAAAAAAUAAAAUUGAAUGAAAAUUCAAAUUUAAUAUUAUCAUAUAAUGAUAUGGUUAUGCAUGAUAAAAAAAGAAACCUUGGUGAUUUUGAAAAUAUGAAAGGGUUUAAUGAAACACAUAAAGAAGUCAAUUUUUAUCCCUCUAAAUAUAAUUUAAAAGAUAAAAAUAUUAAAAGCAAUAACCAUAUACAUAUUAACAAUGAAUAUUAUAUUAAUCAAGAUAAUCAUAAUGAAUAUUCUUUUGAUAAUAAUUUUUAUAAAAGUAAUAUUUCUAAAGAAAUGGAAAGUUCAAAGGAAUAUCUUUCUGGUAGUGAAUUAAGCAAAGGUGAUUAUGAUAUGGCAAUUGAUAAAAUGAAUAGAAGGAAAGAAUCGGAAUCUAUAAGUAACCAUGAAAUUUAUAGUGUACAUGAAGAAAAGAAAAAUUAUAUGAAUAAUACAAAUGAUAAGAAUAUUACUUUAAAUAAUUCUGAAUCAUAUGAAGAAAGAAAUGAUAACUUUUCUAAACCGAUCAGUUCGAAUGAUAAUUCAUCUGUAGGUAGAAUAACAAAUGAUACAUCAACAAGUGGGAAGAAUUAUAAAAAUUUACCAAGAAACAGUGAAAUUUGUAAAAAGAAUUUAACUAAUGAUUAUAUAAAUUUUAUUAAUAAUGUUAGUGAGAAUUUAUUAAUUUCGGAGCAAGGUGAUGUCGAAGAUUUUUAUUCAUCAUAUGAGGAAAAAUAUAAGAAGAGAUCAAAUAUUCAACAUAAUAAAAAUAAUGAAAAGUUUAAUAAAUCUAAUGAUAACCAAUUUUAUAGAAAUAAAAUGUAUGCGUUAAAUAAUCAAUUAAAUCAUAAUAUAUAUUUAGAUGAUGAUACGAAGGAGGGUAUAAAUUAUGAAUUACAAAUAUUAGAACAAAAUAAUGAUGAUGGAAUGAGAAAAUAUAAAGACACACAAUUAAAUGAAUUGACUAAAAAGACCAAAGAUACGUAUGAAAAUUCAAAUUGUGAAUUUAAUAAGAAUACAUUAUCAUAUGAUAAAGAUGUAGAACAUAUUAAUUGUACAGACAAUCCAUAUGAUAAUUAUAAUAAUUCUUAUAUACAAGGAGAAGAAAAUGUAUAUGGAGAGCAAUAUGUAUAUGAUGAUUCUAAGAUGGGAAAUAAUAUAGAUAGAUAUGAUAAUUUAAAAAGUUAUAAACAAAUAACACAUUUAGAAAAAAAUCACACUGUUGAUAAUUUAAUUGAAGAAAGAGGAAAUGUGUAUAAUUAUAUAAGUGACCAAAUAUACUUUAAUAAUGAGAUUCAGAAUGAUGAAAAAGAUAUUCCUAAAAAUAUACUAGUUAAUAAUGUUGUAAAUAUGGAAGAACAAAAAACAAUGUACAAUGAUCGAGGUAAUUUGAAAAAUGUAUAUGACGAUUCUUAUUAUGAAACAAUUAAUAAUGAAUAUAAAAUACAGAUUAAUGAAGAGAAGAAAAAUAAAUUUUUAUGUAGCUCGAACGAUACAUACAAUACAGAUAUAGUAAAAAUGUAUAACAGGAAAUUAUCCUAUGGUAAGGAUAAUAAAAAAGAAAAUAAAUUAUUAAACAAAAAUAUGAUAUUGAAAGAAAUUUUUGGUUCAAACUAUGAAUCUAGUUUGAAAAACAAUCUGAAUGAUACUGUUAAUAAUGUGGAAUCUGAUGUUGAUGUAAAAGGUAACCAUGAAGAAGGACAUGAUGAUGAUACUAAUGAGUUGGAGGAUCUAGAGAAUGAUGUAAAGGAUGAUGAAGAGAAUGAAGAAUACAACGAAGACAUAGAACAACAAAAUGAUUAUCUAGAAGACGACGACGUAGUAGAUAAAGAAGACGAAUUGGAUGCUGAAGAAGUACAAAGGUUAAGUAAUAAUUACAAUACAUUAAAUAAUAAAGCUACAAAUGAUGAAUCAACCAAACAUAUAAUAUCAAAUAAAAUCAAUGAUGAAGAUUUGAAAAAGGAAAGGAUACAAAAUAUGGAAGAACAUGAAUAUAUACCAUGUGCUAGUAAUAAGUCCAUAUCAAAUAAUUAUCAUGUAUUAUCAAAAUCGGAAUAUGAUAAGAGUUCUUAUGUUUGUGAAUUAUAUAAUAAUAAUGACGAUUCUUUGCUUAAAAGAUAUGAAGAAGGUUCCUCUCCACUAAUUUUAGCGAAACCGGUUUUUAAUGAUAGAGAAAGUGAAAUUAGUGUUAAUAAACAUAUUUUAGGAGAUAGCAAUAAGAAUCUGUUUAUGGAGAAAAGAAAAAUGGAUGAUUUUAAUAAAAAACAGAAAUACAAUGAAGUAGAGAUAAAUGGGAGAGAAAAGAAUAAUUUUGUAGAUAAAACAAAAGAAAUGUUUGAAUAUAUGUCAAGGGGGUCAUGUGUUUCGUUAAAUGCUGUGAAAGUGAAUAAUUCAAAUGAUGAUAGGAUAAUUAAACAGGAUAUGAAUGGAAGGGAUGAAAUGGAAAAUGAAGAAGAUAUGGAAUAUGAAGACGACAUGCAAUGUGAGGAGAUGGAAAGUAUAGAAGAAAUAAAUAAAGAGGAUAAUACCAUUGAUGAUGACACUAAUGAAGGCGAAUGCGUUAUCAUAGAAGAGACAAACGAGGAGGAAAAUGAUAACGAAUUUGAAGAUAUUUAUGAAGAAGAAGAUAUGGAUGAAGAGGAAGAUAUGAAUGAAGAGGGAGAUAUGAAUGAAGAGGAAGAUGUGAAUGAAGAGGAAGAUGUGAAUGAAGAGGAAGAUGUGAAUGAAGAGGAAGAUGUGAAUGAAGAGGAAGAUGUGAAUGAAGAGGAAGAUGUGAAGGAAGAGGAAGACCUUUAUGAUGAAGAAGAGAUUAUCCAACAAAAUAUAGAAAACAUUCAUGGUGUUCUAAGCAAUAAAACUGGAGAAUGUGAUAUGCGUAAAGAAAAAACAUAUGAAAUUGAAUCUGAAAAAUAUGGGAAAAGUAUUUCAAAUAAGUUUGAAGGUAUAUCAGGAAUUAUGAGUAAGACGGAUGAAAAUAUAAACACUAAUGAAAGGGAGUAUAAUUUUGAGAAGAAGCAAAUAAUAGGAAUGUGGGAGAAUUCUUCUAAUUAUGAAUUCAGGAAUAAUAAAGAGAUAACUGAUAAGGAGAUAAAUUAUAUGAAUUCAUUUAAGAAUAGGUUAGGAGAACUGGAUGAAAAAAUUAGAAAUCGAAAAAGGAUAUAUGAGGAAAGGAAGGAAAUACAAAAUGAUAAUACUAAUAAUAAUAAUAAUAAUAAUAAUAAUAAUAAUAAUAUUAAUAUUAAUAAUAAUAAUAAUAUUAAUAUUAAUAAUAAUAAUAAUAAUAAUAAUAAUAAUAAUAAUUACUAUGAUCAUACUAAUGAUGGCAAUUUUCCUAAUGGCAAGAAAAAAAAUAUAAUGUCCAAAUAUAUAGAUAACAAUUUUUUGAUAUACAAAAGUGAUAUAUUUAAUGAGAAACCAAAGGCGCGUAAUUUAAAAACCUUACCACUGAAUGAAGAAACACUGAAAACGUAUUAUGGGAAAAUUCGAAAUAGUAAGGAGAAGGGUGUUCUAUAUGAUUCUUUGAGUGAUAGUUAUAAUUAUCGAAGGAAAGAGAACAAGAUGAGAAGAAGUUAUUAUAUGAAUUUAUAUAAAAAUAGAAAAGGUGAUAAUGAAGAGUGGAAAUAUAAUGAUAUAAGAAAUGGAACAAUGGAUGGCGUUUGUUUUGAUGAAGAUAAAUAUAAAAAUAGAAAAUAUUAUGAUAAAGAAAAAUAUGAAGAAGAUAAAUAUUAUGAGAAAGAAAAUAAUAAUGAAAUAAAUAAUGUUGAAAAUUAUUACAAGAAGAAAUAUAAUCAUUAUAAGCGUAAUAAUGAAGAGGAAGAAGAAGAAGAAAAUGAAUAUAUAACAACAAAUAAAAGGAGAAGGAGGAAUAUACAGGAAUUAGAUAAUAUAAUUGUUAAUAAAAAUUAUAAUAAUAUAUUUGAAAUGAAUGUAAAUUCUAGUGGUUAUGAUAGUAGUCUUCAUAAAGAUAUGAAGGAAAAAAUGGGUUACAUAAAUGAUAAAAAUAAUAAUAUUGAAAAUAAAAAAAUUAAUAGUUCAUAUAAUGAUAAUAAUAGCCAAGGUAAUAAUGAUAAUAGUGUAUAUAAUAAUAACAGUAGUCAAAAUAAUAUAUCUUAUAAUAAUAGUGUUAUCUCUAAAAUGGUAUUAUAUCCAAGUAUUAAUGAAACAACGAAUAGUAGUAAUACGGUUGUAUCUAAAAGAAGUAAAUAUAUAUUAAGACAUUCAAACGUAUCUUCUAAUUAUGAUGACGUUCCUAUGUUUUUUAAUUUUAUAAAUUGUUGUUCUAGUGUAUUAGGUUCUGAAAUUAUUUAUGUAACAGAUGAAACAUAUGGCAAAUGUGAAAAUAUAUUAAAAGAUAAACCAUUUAAUAAUAAUACAGAGAAGGGAUAUUAUGAAUAUAUAUCAAAUGAUUUAUAUAAUUUAUUAAACAAAGAUUUAUAUAUAAAUAAUGAUAAUAAUAAUAAUAAUGAUAAUAUUAAUCAUAAUCUAUAUGGUUAUAGCAAAUAUAAUGAAAUAUCAAGAAAUCAUUUAGACUUAUAUCCAUUUGGAGAAUUUCCAAAAGCUAAUGAAGUAAAAAAUAUUAGAAAUACAUUACAUUCUAAAUAUAUUACACCUACAAAAUAUGAAUGUCCUGGUUGGUUAACCAAAAGGAGAAUAAAGAAAUAUUUCGAUUUCUGUGUUAUAAAAUUAUGUAAACCUACAUUGAUUAAAGGAAUAGAUAUUGAUACAAAUAAUUUUUUAGGAAAUUAUGCUCCUUAUAUUUCUAUUGAAGGUGCAUAUAUUGAAGAUGAAUUACUCUUAAAUCCAUCGUCUUUUUCAAAAUAUGUAGAUGAAAUCCGAUAUGAUCAAAAAAAGUAUAAUUCUUUUAUAUUAGAAAAAAAUACAUAUCCUUAUUCUGAUUACACAGAUGGUUUAAAGGACACAGUAAUAAAUGAUAAUGUGUAUGAUAAAAAUUAUAAAAAUGAUACGAAUCAUAGUAUUAUAUUUAAUAAAAAUAAUAAUAAUGUAUUGAAAGGUAGAGAUGAAAUUGAACUAACAAUAGAUGGUAAAACAUAUUUUAAAAGAAAUAAAUAUUUUUAUGAACCAAUUUUAAUAGAAGCAUUGGAUAAAUCUGAUCACGAAUAUGAAUCUUAUGUUGAAAUCUUAAGAUACAAUGAUAAUUUGAAGAAUUUACAAAAUAAUCCUAAGUCGACAUCAUUUAUUACUAACGGAAAUGAAUAUCGUUAUAUUAACAAUAAGUUAUAUACUUUAAUCGAUGUUACUAGAGAGAUAGCUAAUAGACAUCCUAAUAUAUAUAAUAUGUGUUUGUCAAAUAAAAAUUCUUCCUUUUAUAUUUCACAAGAGGAAAAUACAAGUAUGAAUAAUAUAAAAGGAGAAUACCUUAACAGGGGGGAAAAUGAUGAUCAUAAGAAAAAUAAAGAUAAUGAUGAAGGAAUAAAUAAUAAUACUACAUGUAACAACUGGUAUGAUACUAUAUAUUUUAGAAAUGGAAAAAGAAAAAAUGAGAUAAAUGAAAAGAAUAUAAAUACAACACAUAAUAGAGAAAAGGAUACUUUAAAUUAUGACUAUAAUAAUUAUUAUAAUACAAGUACACUAUUUUUAGAUAAUGAUUAUUCAGUAGAAAAAAGAAUAUAUAACGAAUUACAUCAGAAAUAUCAAUGGGUAUCGAUAUUAGAAGAUGAGAGAAUGAAUCCAGGUUUUAAAAAUUAUAAUCAUAAUUGUUUUAAUAUAAAUACAUGUAAUAAAAUAUUUACUCAUUUAAUUGUAUGUUUAUUACCUGAUGGAGGUAUUAAUAAAUUAAGAGUAUAUGGAGAAAUAAAAAAUAAUGAGAAAGCAAGGAAAAAAAAUUAUAAAAAGACUAUAAAUGUUUGUAAUAUAUUAGAUGGUGCAAAUAUUGUAUAUACAACAGAUGAAUUUUAUGGAAAAUCUGAGAAUAUUUUAAUUGAUCAUAAUUCUGAUUAUGUUAUGGGAUGGCAAACAAGAAGAUCAAUUAAUCGACCUUUACGCUAUGUAGAAAAUUUAUCAUUAAAUAAUAUAUCAUCUAUUUUCUUAAAUAAUAAUUAUUGUAUAAUAAAAUUAAGUUAUAUUACUAAUAUAAAAUAUAUAGAAAUAAAUACUAUUUUUUAUGAAUAUAAUUCCCCUUUAUGUGUUUCUAUAGAUUCUUGUAAUUUAAAAGAAAUACAUCCACAGGAAAAAACAAAACAAAUACAAUUCUUUAAUGAUCAUAUUCAAAAUAUCCAAUGGGUACAAUUAUUACCCUUAUCAUAUAUUAAAGGAAAUCAUAUAAAUUUUUUUUCAAUUAAUAAAAUAUUCAACAAAACAUCUUUGAGUGAUAAUCUAAUAUCAACACAUUUACGUUUAAAUAUAUAUCCAGAUGGUGGAAUUAAUACCAUAAAAGUGUAUGGUACAGUAUUAGAGGAUUAA